AUGUCGCAGGCUUCGACAUCAAAGGAAACGGAUCAAUUAAACACAGAAAUUGUGAUCGAUAGCGAUCAUGGUAAGGUUUUUAUUUAUUUGUUUUAAUUUUUAGGUGUUAACUUUAGUUUUGUAGUCCCUAGCACGUUAGAACGAUGUUUUAGUGUUACCUAAAAUUAGAAGAGUUGUACUCAAAGUUAUAAGAGCAUUACCUAAUGUUAAAACCUUUAGAACUUAAUCUAAAACAACGUUUUUUAGACAAUGCAGAGGUUCAUCAAUCUCCUUCUCAACCUACGACGUCUCAAGAUGAACCUUCUUUAGAGUCUGCUUCAUCUAAACCACAAGAAGACAAGUCUGAUUCAAGUGACGAAGAAAUGGAAGUAGAUCAACAGAAAUCUGAUGCCAGUUCUUCGUCUGACACAUCAGACACUUCAUUUGACUCUGAUGAAGAUGAAGAAAGCUCAGAAUCAGAUGAAUCUGACGAUGAACCUGAAGUUCCGAAUGUUUUUCUCAAUUUCAAAGUUGGAUCAGCUUAUUCCGAGCUUGAAGAUCAACGAUUCUUGGUCAUGUUUAAGGAUUUCAAACGUUUGUUCAACGAAUGGAAGGAUGAUACGACUAAUAUUGUUAAAAGAGACGCUUUCUUCGACAAAGUUCAUGAAUGUAUGCUUCAACCUUCUUAUAAUCGACUGGUAAAGAACGAAAAAAGCUUUGAAUGGCCAAAGUCAAGGAGGAAAAAGGAUGUUGUUGAUAAGAAGGACGAAAUGUUGUGUGCUUAUUGUCAAAUUCAAAGCGUUUUGUCUCGGGUUUCUUGUAAUCCACUAACUCAUUUGAUUCAGGUAACAGUUUUUUUGGUGUUUUUGAUGUUUAGAUUGCUUUGAAGAGGGGUUACUUAUAGAAGUAGUGAAGGUAUAAUGGUGAACACAUUGUUUUCAUGUGUUUUAAAGGCUAAAACAAUGUCUUGUGAUGCUUUUGAAGGCUAAAAGAACGUUAUUUUCAAUGAUAUUAAGGCCAAAAAGAAUAUUUUAAACAAGAAACAGAGUAAAAUAAAGAAAUCUCGUUAAUUAAAACGUUUCAGAUGGCCAUGAUAACUCCAAACAACAAAGAUAUAUGGUUACGAAUAGUCAAAGCCGCUGCUAGUUAUGGCGAUGUUAAGAUGGGAGCCUUUGCUUGUAAAAGAUUGGCCUUGUUAGGUGAAGGACGAAAAGCAAAUGAACGUCUAAUUGUCAUGUAUUAUGGGUUGUGUCGAUUUCCAGGUAAAAUACGACCUUUCAUUUAUAAAUUGAAAAAUUAAAUUUUUAAAAAAAUCUUGAAAGUUUACUUUAACAUAAAUCUUCAAACAAUUAUAAGUCAUCUACAAAACUAAAAUAUAUUUUUCAGAAUGUCUUCUUGCCAUUAGAGACUGUUUGAAAACGUGGCCUGACAAUCAGGUGGCAUUAGUGCUACUCGACCAGAUAUUAUCAUUACCUCUUUCGCUAAAAGAAACUCUUGACAAAAUUAUGUAUGAAAACUUGAUCUCAACCAAGCAGUACUACAAGGUUAAUGAAAAAGCGAAGAAACGGGUAUGUUUUUGGGAUUUGGGGGUGUUUUUGCAUUUUUUCGAAAAGAAUUUUAAAAUUUUAAAAAUUUGAUUUUUUUGAAAUUUUUAGUUGAUUUACUAGAUGUAUGACGGUAUAAAAAAUAAAAAAAGGUAAAACAUAUUCUAAUUUUAUGUUUUAGGUAAUGGAAAUGGUUCAAAGGUUCAGAGCAAAAGUGGCUGAGAGCGCGAAGAAAGAAGCGAUUGAUUUAACACAAGAUGGAAGGUUUUAUCAAGUUGAUUUGGAUGAAAACGACUUGAAUUUUGAUGUGUUUGCAAAGAAAUUAAAGAAAAUAUAUGACAAUCUAUCAUAUGUAAGUGUUUUGAUUUUUUUUGGAUUUUAGGUAACAAUAUUAACAAUUUUUGAUGGUUUUUGGGCUAUUUGAUGUUAAUUUUUCAUUUUUUAAAAGUUUAAUGGUUUUUGAGGUUUAGGUAUAAGUAGAAAGUAUGUUAUAGUACGUUUGGCCAGGCGGUAACUUACAAAUUUAAAAAAAAUUGAAAAUUUGGAAAAUUUUUAAAUAAAAUGGACUAUUUCAGCGCUUAGAAACAAAGGUCUCAAUGGUGUACAAGGUCCCAGAGAAAUUUGAAGAAGAGCAAGAAGAAAUAGAACAAGAUCAAGUAGUUGAACAACAAGAAACUCAGGAAGAACAACAAGAACAAGACGUCGAAAUGGAAUCAGAAGCUUCAACAAGUUCAGAAGAGUCGGAAGAAGAAGAUGAAAGUCAAACGAGUCAAGAUGAACAACUGUUGGACGAGGAAAUUAUUCAAAAGGUUGUUGAUGAUAUGAUUCAACAGAUUGUUCAAAAGGAAGGUCAUAAAGAUGGACCUGAUGAUGAUAGAGGCGAAAAGAAUGGAUCUGCUGGCAAAGAGAAUGGUGAUGAAGGUGAAAAGGAUGGCUUUGAAGGUAAAAAAGAGGAAAAGAAUGGUGCUGAAGCUGAUGGCAACGAAAAGACCGUUCUAAAGAGAAAUCUUGAGUACAUGUUUUUGAUUGAUGAAGCUUCUGAGGAUUCAGAAGCCUCAAUUAGAAACUAUCAGGACACGAGAGAUGAAAAUGAACCUCCAGCAAAGAAAAAGAAGGUAAGACAUGCUUUUUAAGUUUUAAGUGGAGCUACAUGAAAAUUUGAAUUUAGGAAAGAGGGAUAGUAACUUUCAGGGCUAGGUGGGUGAUGUUUACUUGGGAAUGCGGGCCAGGAAGGGGAGAGGUUAAAAAGUUAAAAUUGAUUUUUUCUUCAAAAAGUCAACAGGGGGACCAAGUUAAAAAUUUUCCAAAUUUUUUUUUGUUUUUAAAGGUGUACAGCCUCAUAAGUUGUGAUGUUACUGUAGCUACGACCCUAAGGUCAGGGAUGAAAGGCAGGGGCCUUUGGAUGUGAUUUAUAGUAAAAAUAGUAUUUUCAGAAGCUACAAAAGUUUGCGACAAGAAGGUCGACACGUUUUGUUGAAGAAAUUGAGGACACUCCAUUCUCUUCCAUGCCUGUUGUGAUUGAAACUUAUAAUGUAAGUUGUGUUUUAUGAAUGUAUUGAUAGUAAUUUGCCUUUUAACAAAAAUUCAUAUUAUUUUAGAUCCGAAAAUGCUUGAACGUGGAAAAAGAAGGGGAGCUACAGCUGACCGAGUCAUCAAACACCUAUUACUUGAGACUAAAACCUCCAAGUCAACAAGGAACCUUAACAAAGUUGUCGACAAAGCUGAGAAUGUACAAGUUUCUGAACAGUUUGUUAGAUGAUAUGGACAAAACGAGUAAUGGAUUGACAUUUGUGUCCAUUUUGGACAGGUUUUUGAGUUUUGUAGCGACAGAAGCCCUAAAAAGACGAGUGAAGUUUGAAAAGGAUGAAAAAAUUAUGUUUUGGUGAGUUUUAGAAUGUAAUAUUGCUUUAUUUUUUAAUCUUUAGAUGUGUAUGUUGUUGUUCUUACGUGCUUUUGAUGAAAGAAAUUUGAAAAAGUUGAUAUCUUAGCUAAAAAAUGAGUUUCUAAAGGAAUAAAAAGCGAGUGUAAUAUUAUUUUAAUUGGUUUUAGUAGUUUAUAAUGACUUUUUUGGAAUUUUUAACUUUUUUUUAUAUAUUACACUUCAUUAUCAAUGUUUCAGCUACUUCUACACCUUAUGGAAGACCCUAAGAACCAAGGGAAACAACAAAAAACGCUCAAGAAACCCAAUGAAGAUCCAUCUGUUGGCUGCUGAAUUCGGCAAUCAACAAGCACAAGAUCUAAUGAAUUAUCAACUAACUUGUGACCUCAAGGAUAAAGCAACAACAAGCAAAAGUACCAUGAACAUUACUCCUCUGUUGGACUUGAAAAUUGAAACAGAAUUGAAGAAUUGUAACGACAAGAUGUUGAAGUUGUUGGUUGCAGCACAAAAAAGUGUUUUGAGGGAGAAAGAUGGCUUGGAUUCGAAUGUAAAGUAUCAAAAAUGGAAGAACAGGGCUUUGGAUGGUGAUAUGGAGAAGGAACUGGCUUCAGAAGAUGCUAGAAAGAGUUUGGCUACAGAAAGUGUUAGAAAGGAUUUGGGGGCUUCAGGAUGUACUACAGGGAACAAUGAGGCUUCAAAAGGUGCUACGGAAAGCAAUGAUGCUUCAGAAUCUGUUGAUAAGAAUACAGAAGUUUUAGAAGUUGAUAAGGAUAAGAAAUCCGAUUUAUAUGCCAAGGAUGAAAGGUUUAAUCAACCUUCUACAAGUUCAGAGAUGCCAAAGAGCUUCAUGGACGAAUUUGUGGAGCUAGGCGGAGACCCAGCUACGAACUUUGGUUUGGAAAAGGCGAUGAAAAGCAAGGUUUACUGUAGUUUUGAGGUUCCAGAAAGUUUGAACAAAGAUUUGGAGGAUGGGAGUGUCAUGGAUAAGAUCAGGUGAGUUUUCAGAGAUUUUUAUUUAUGUUUGUAGAUCAGCUUUUUGGGACGGUUUUGGGAAUUGAACUGCUUACAGCUUGGAUAAGAGAGGAUUUUGGAGCUGUUAAGAGCUCUGGUUGUGAAAGGAAAACACAAUUUUUGAAUUGAAGUAAAAUAUGAUCACAUUAAAAUACCUAAAAUUAAAUUUAAACUUAAUUUUCUUAUAGAUAUCACUGGACAAGAGCCCUCCAAUCCCGUUUCCGACCAACAACAGAACCAUUAGAAAAGAAGAUUGAACGAAAAACCGAACAAUAUCAUCUGAUUCGAAUCUUCAAACUCAUAGACACACUAUCAGAAGACCAACGUCAAAAACUAAAGUCAAUCACAUCAUACUUCACACCAACAACACCCACAGUAUCAACAGAAUUCAGCACAGAAACGGCCGUAAGAAGAUUCACUCAGAAUUACAAAAACGAUAUGGACAACUACAUCAUGUACUUAAUAUCGCAAAAGGCUUUGAAUAGUAUUGGAAGCCGGGAACAGGUGGUCGAAACAGUCUGGCAUUACUUUGAUUGGAGCAAAUUGCAAGCGCAAGACAAGUAUGAGUGUUGGCGGUUGGUGUUCAAGGCAUUUAACGAGAAGAAGGCUUAUGGAGAGCUGUUCAAAAUGGCUAUUAGGUAUGGUUUUGGAGGGUUGAUUAGUUUAAACUUUAAUUUUUUUUUGAGAUUUGAAACAUCCUUUUUUGCUUUGAAACGCCUUUUUUGAGGUUUUUGUUACCUAAAAAUCAAAAAAUGCGUUUUUUUUGACUGAACAUAUUUAAAUUGGCGUAUUUUACAAAAUCAUUCAAUUUUCAUAAUUUUCAGCGGCCUAGAAGACGUCCUCAAGAACAAAAUCACCUUCAACAAGAGCGCCCUAGAAUCCCUGGAAUUCUUCCUCGAACAAAUCGAAAACUGCCUAUCAGAUAUCACUCAGCAAGACAAAACCCAACUCAAACUGAUCCUAGUAGCAUUGUCAGAGAAAUUUGCAUACCGAACAAACUUGAGACUGUGGAAGAUUGUGUACAAGAUGGUACAACUGGAUGAUCCCAAGAGUACGGAAGAAUUGAACGAAUUUUUGACGAAAAUGAAAAGAGUCAAAGAUCGACUGCCAUUAAUGUCGUUGAUUGCCCUGAGGGAAGCUCAUGAUCUGAUGGGACAGGAGAAACGAUGCGGGUUUGAACAGGUAGGGUAAUAUUGAUGUUUUUGGCUAAAAAUGGGGGGGGGGUUUGGAUUUUAGGUAUGAAAAGAUGAAAAAAAUGAUAAAGAUAAAUGAUUUUUUGAAAAUUUUAAAAUUUUUUUGAAAUUAAAAAAAAAAUUUUUUUUUAAUUUUUAUUCUGAAAAACUUAAAAAAAUGUUUAAAAAUGAAAUUAUCAAGCACAUUUUCCAUUUUCAGGGCGAAUUCCUCCUCUUCUGCCUAAACGAAUACUGUAACGCCUUCGAAUCACUCUUAUUAACAGACUUUUUCGCAUUAGAAACGGAGGAAUCAGAGGAUUUGAAGCUGAAUAUGGAAAGAGAAAUGCUACAACUGUUUAGUUGCUACACAGGACAACUCGUGAAGUGCCGUUUGAGACUACAAGAUCACUCACAAAACGACAAAAGAACUUCGUUACCCUUCGCCGUGGUCCAAAGAAUAUUGCAGCUGGUGCUGCCAAAGGAAUUGCCAUUGUUUGAUGAUCAAAUAUCACUGAAAACCGAGGUCAUGGAGUUUAUCAAGAUUGUUCAGAAUGAGCUUGAGGUAAGGGUUGGAGAAUGGGGAAGGAAAAGGCUGGGGGUUGGGGAAGGUAAGGGUUGGGAUGUGGGGAAGUAAGGGUUGGAGGAUGUGUAAGAUAUGGGUCGUGGGCUGGUGAACGUAAGGGCUUGGGAAGAGGAAGGUAAAGGUUGGAGGCUAGGGAAGUUAAUUAUAAAAAUGGCAUUUUCAGAGCUCUCUAACCCCCGAACACGUCGAAGAAUUCAAAAACUUUGUGGAGAAGAACCACAACUUUAAACCAGAAUUCAAAUUCGAAAAAGAUGGAACCCUCUUACCUAUCAGCACCAUCCACGAAGGCCGCAAUCUCCUCGACUGGCCGAAACUCACGGAACUGUCGAAGGAACGAGCCAUAGUAACGUCGAAAUCACUAUAUCUACAAGCCUUUUAUCAAUACCGAAAUACCAGCAGGGAUUUGAGAAAAACUGCGUAUCAGAUAUUACUUAUGAGUGACGUAUUGACUAAAGAAUUACAGUCAAGUGUGUGGAUCAUGUUGGCAAAGAGUGGCAUUGGCAAUUCGAAUGGUCGGAUCGAAAAUGCGGAUGCUUUGCUGUUUCCAUUCAGAAUGUCAUUGCUAUUGAAGAUGGAUUGUGCUGAAGGCCACUUGGAUCUGGGCAGUAUCAUGUAUCAGAUUCAUGCGUUGAAUAGCAGGCAGUUGGUAUGUUUUUCAGGUUUGUGGGGUAGGGGAAGGUAAGGUAGGAUGCGAUGAAGAGGUAGGGGAGGGUAUAGUACGGUAGGGUAGUGUGGAGUUGUGUACUGUAGAGUAGGGUAAUGUAGGGUAUGAUAAAGCAGAACAAAGUAGAGUAAGGUAGGGUAGGACAUGGUAGGGUAAGGUAUAGUAGGCCAGCAUAAAGUAGAGUAAGAUAGGAUAGAAUAGAAUAUGGUAGGGUAGAGGAAGGCCUAUGGAGAGCUUUGUAAUGUAAGUUUGGGUAUAGCAGUGUAAGCUAGGUUAAAAUAAAGUAAAUUAACUUAGGUCAGGGCCCGUGAAUUAAACUACAGUAGUAAAAGGCCGGUUACGGUAGAUUAGGUUUACAGUAAUAUAUUAUAUGGGUAGGUUUAGGUUGAACGAGGUUGGGUAAAAUAGAGAAGGGUAAGAUAAGGUAACUUUUGGUAAGGUAAGACAAGAUAAAGUAAGUUAGAGUAUGGUAAAUUAAGAUGAGAUUUGUAGGAUGGGAAGAAAGAUACGGUAUAAUUAUUGAGUAAUUUAAACCUUACAACUCAUUAGAAUUUCAAUAUUUCAGCGUCAAACCUCCUCAUCGCCAGAAAAACGCAAGAAACUAGAAGAACAACAUCAACUAAUCCGAACCUGUCAUACCCACUUCCUACUGGCUGAUCGCUUCAAAACCGAAGCCAUUGACAUCGGAUGGUUGUGCAGUUAUUUCGCCGGAAAAGCGGCCGAAAAACUCGGCCAUUCGGUGGACUCGGUCAUGGAUCAUUACACGGAAUGUGCCAAACGAUUACAUGAAGAUCAGUACAUGUUUGUGAAUAAGAUUUCAAAGAAGACACAAAUGCACCUGGAGCCAAUGGAACUGUUCUACAGAGUUCAUGCUUACCUGGGAAAGAGGUUCUAUGAGGUCAAGGAGAUGAAUAGGUAUGCUUUUGGGUUACAGGCUUUAGGAUGGUUUUUGGGUUUGGAAGGAAAGUAUUUGCCAUUUUUUGUUUUGUAAAGAAAGUUAUUGCCAUUUUUUGUUUUGUAAAGAAAGUUUUUGUCAUUUUAUGUUUUGUAAAGAAAGUUCUUGCGAUUUUUUGUUCUGCGAAGAAAAUUCUUGCGGUUUUAAGCUUUUUAAAGAAUAUUCUUGACAUUUUAUGUUUUGUAUAGGAAAUUCUUGCUAUUUUUUGUUUGGAAAGCAAGCUCUGGCUAGUUUCAUUAACAAUAAUAUCAGUAAUUUGAUGCUGAACAUAAUCUUCUGCUGAUUUUUAAUUGAUUUUGUUAUUUUUUAGUCAAAACGUGGCAUAUCGACGCAAGAUCCUACGUUACCUACAGUAUUUCUCAACCUAUGGAGCCUCCAAGAUCCCGGAUUCAUCGAUGAAAUUCAAAGGAUUCAGAAACUUUUUCAGCUCGACCCCAACAGCAUACGAUACAACAUUAGACAUCGUCGACAAAGUCUGCAAAACAGAAGAGGAAGAAGAUGGAAUCGAAUGUCUAAUGGACGGUGUAAGCAUGAACGAUGUAGAAGGCGUGGUAAAAGAAAUGACAGAAUGGGUAGAGAUGGAGAUCGAAGCCAAAAAGUUGUUAACCUCAGCGUAUGAAAGCAUUCUGGCCAAGUUUCCUCAUUACAAGGCAGCAUACCGUCUGGCCGAACUUCAAAUGAAGGAAGGGAACACGGUAAAAUGUGUGAGAACGUUGAUGGAAUUUGUCUUCAAGGCACAGAAGAGAGUCAGCGUGAACUCGAACAUAUUUUUGGUGGGUUUUUGGGGGUUUUUUGAGGUGUUUUUGGGCAAUUUGAGAGUGUUUUUGAGCUAUUUGGGGGUGUUUGUGGGCUAUUUGGGUUAGUUUUGGAGGCAUUUUUUUGGGAUUUUGGGGCUUUUUUGGGGAGUUUUGGGGAUGUUGUUUUAGGUUAAAAUGCUAUUUUGUAAUAGUAUUAUCUGCCAAAACUUUUUUAAAAUUUUGUUGCUGGGCGGGGUUUUUUUGAUAUUUGAAAGGGGAGGGGAAUUUUUUUUGAUUUUUUUGUUUAUCGAUGCAUCAGGUUGUUCAAAUAAUUCUGGACCCUUGUUAAUGCAAUUUUUUGGCUUCAGGGGACACAGAAUUAUUUGAACAACUUUAUACUAUAUAAGCUAUAACAAGAUUAUUAAAAAACCCCAUUUUCAGGACAUUGUCGAGAUCCACCGUUCCGAUUUCGAGCGAAACAAGUCCCUCUUCUACCACAUUUCUCGAUGUCUCGACCUCUUCCUCAAAGCACUGAUAAGAAACAACGAUCUGGGCCAUGUUAUCGUCACCCUACACUCAAUCGUAAACCCGUCCUUCUCCGCCAAUGACUACUUAUUGCCAGAAACGCUGACAGAAACAAUCAAACGAUGCUUUAUCAUCAUUAAAAACAUGUUCAACAACCCAAGAAAUGAAUGGGCGACGCAUUUCGAAACGUACGAAGCGGUACUACAGUCGGCUGUUCAACAUAUUACACAUCAAGGCAUAAAGUUUGAUCCGGAAUUGGCUAAGCAGCUGGGAGCGGCGUUGGGAACGAUCAAAAAUUACUUUAGGCAUAAGGUAAGGGAGUUUUAAAAUUUUUGAAAAAAUUUUUUUUUUGAAAUUUUUUGAUUUUUUUAAUUUUAAAAAUGAUUUUUUUUAAUUUUCAAAAAUUUUUAAUGUAAAUUUUGAAAAAAUAGGUAUAAAAUUUCAUUUUCAGAUUCCACAACGUCCACAAGUCAUGUCACGCCCGCCACACAUCACCAAAGCUGUACCACAACCUCAGCUAUCGCCAAGACCCCCAACCACAAUCACUCCAGUCUCACAGAAGUCGAUCACGAUUCCAAGACCACCUCCAACAACCUUCAACUCGGCUUCAACCUCUCUAAAGACGAUGACAGGGAGUUUGAAGUCGGCCUCAAGUCCAAAAACGGCUUCUGACUUGGUGAAUCAGAUCCUGGCUUCAAGAAACAAGAAUUUGUCUGCGAUACAGAAUCUGAUUAGUCAGAGUCAGGCCGCGAAGAAUCAGAAUCCGGCUUCAAGCCAAAGUCCGGCUUCAUGGAUUCAAAAUCCAGCGUCAAUUCAAAGCCCAGCUUCGAGGGUUCAGAAUUCUGCUUCUAGUCAAAGCCCGGCUUCAAGGAUUCAAAAUCCAGCUUCAAGUCAAACUUUGUCAGCCAGAAAUCAGAAUCUAGCUUCAAGCAUUCAGAAUCCGGCUUCAACUCAGAAUCCGGCUUCAAAAAGCCCACAUCCGACGUCGAGUCAAAGCCCAGCAGCCAGAAGUGUGGAUACGAAUCAAAAUUUGGCUUCAACAUCUCAAAUUUCAGCAUCAGCGGCCAAAAUGAUUGAAAGCAGCGUGGCGAUAAAGGCACUGUUGAAGAAACUCAACAUCACCAGCUUGGACUCUCAGCCAGAGUUCAUCCGCUUAUUGUCCAAAUGCUCGAACAACGACCCCAAAGUCUUCGAAGCGCUGUUACGGAAGUUUGUCGAGGAUCAAGGCGCCCAGAAACGACCAUUACCUGCGGAAACACCGAAGCGAAAAACCGGCGAACCUCCACGCAAAAUGGCCAAAACGGUAAGAAGGUGAAGCACUCUUUCCCCCAACACAAUUUAACCCGGUUGCCUUGGUUUCUUGAUGAUUUUAAGCUAUCUUACCUUGAUGUUAACAUAACGAUAUCUUACUUUGAUGUCAAAACGUAGCUACUUAUCUUGAUGUUAACAUAGAUAACUUACACCAAUGUUAACAUAUGGCUGUAUUACUUCAAUGUUAACAUAAACCUUGUCGAUAGUAACCUAUCCUCGCUUUAUGUUAACAGUUUAUCUUCAAGAUGGUAACAUUUAGCUACCUUACUUCAAUGUUAACAUACUACAAGAUGUUAACAUAUUACUUAGAAAUUCAUUAUUUUGUUACUGGAUCUUAACCUAUCUUCAAGUUUUGGUUUAUUUGCUGUGCUUCAUCAGACCUAUCUUCUCACCUAUUUUUGAGUUACAUUUAUAAUGUUUGGUCAAUAAAUCUGUCGUUUCAUUUCUUUGUUGUGCUGUGGUUUGUAUGCAUUAUUGUAUGGUGAAGGGGUGAUCUGGGGCUUGGGAAGGGGAUUUAUUUUUUUUGCUUUGGGAUUGGGAAGGACGCGGUUUUUUAGCCUUUUUGAGAUUAAAAGUUAACCCAGCUUUUUCUAAAACGAUACCAUAGUGUCCCAAGGGCCAUGCUUAUCUUAGGGUUUGAGAUUAUAAAAUUCUGAUGUGAAGUGUUGUUUUUAAUUUUUUAAUAACUGCCAUUUAAAAAAACUGCCUUAAACAUAGUAAAGCACAUUUUGUAGGCGAUUACCAGAGCUACUCCGAUUCUAAACAAAACUUCCGUGAGCUCUUCAGCAAGCCCUUUAGCAGCGUUUGGCUCUACCGCAAGCUCUUUGGCAGUCAAUGCAACAACUGCUUCUGAAACUUUGUCGGCCUUUACUAAUGGAUCUGCAGCUGAGCGGACUGGAAGUUCUAGUCCGGAUGAUAUUGUUAUACUAUCUUCUAAUACUACUAAUUCUGACAAAUCGAAAGAUGUUUCAAAGAAUGAUACAUUGAAGAAUCCGAGCUUGAAACAAAGAUCAUCGAAGAGCCCAGUAGCUUUGAGUAAAGAUGAUUUGCCUAAGAAUGGUUCAACUUCAUCAAGAUCGUCUAAAAGCCCUAAUCCGACUACAAAAAAGGCAACUGCUUCAAAUAGUGCUACACAAGAUCAUGACAUGCCUACUGAAGGUACCUCAACUUCUAAAGCAUCGGAAGCCAAGACCUCAGAAGCUUCUAAAAGUUCAUCUACCUCUUCCAAGCCUUCAUCAACCAUGAUGAAUCUUCAGAACAUGAACGCUCAAGACCUUCAGAAUGCUUUGUUAUCGCUACAAAUGAACAACUUGGCUAACCAAAUGUCUCAGGCUGAUAUGUUGAAAGCCAUGACGGCAGCUUCGAAUCAAAAAGGGUUUUGGGACAACUACAAGAAGGUCUUCGAAGCUAUGAGUAAAACAGCUUCUGGUCCGAAUAAGCAAAGUGGGGCUACUGCGGCUUCUGCUGUGACUAGUGGUGGCACUGGAGGAGCAAAUACGAGCACUGAUGGUACUGGAGGAGCAAAUAAGGUCAGUGGAAGUACUGUUGGAGCAACUACGACUAGUAGUGUUACUGUAGGAUCAAUUGGGUCUGCGACAUCUUCCGCUUCGGCUGCCGGACCUACUGUAACAUCAAGUAAAGAAAAUGGAUCAACUUCAGCUACAAACAAACAAAAUGGCUCCAGUUUGACCAGUAGUACUGCUUCUAUGACUACCGUGAUGAAUAGUACUGGUAGCAAGCCUAUUGCAACAUCUGCAACUUCAUCAGUACCAUCUAGAACAUCUAUAAAUCCAUCAGUAGUGUCAACAUCUUCCCCAUUGUAUAAACUGAAGCCAACGUCGAUGGCGAUGGCUGAGAUUCUGAAGAAUGCUACAGCGUCAACUAAGGGUGGUUUGAGUUCAUCUACAGCAUCUGGGGCUUUAAAUUCACUGUCAAAACAGUCAUCAAUCGUGGCUUCUGGAGCCCAAAAGAAACCGUCAAUAUCUGCUUCUGGGGUCCAAAAAGCACCUUCAGUAUCUACUUCUGGAGCUAAGCAGACACCGUCAACAUCUGUAGCAAAACAAUCAUUAUCAUCAUCAACUCCAGGAGCCAAGCAAUCAAUUUCAUCAGCUCAAUCAACCUCAACUCUGGCAAAGCAACCCAUGGGAAUGGAGUUGAUGAUGAAGUUGGCAUUGAUCAUGAAGAAGCCAGCAAACACAUGGACUUCAGAAGAAGGACAUCUAGUCAAAACAAGGUUGGCUGAAGCACAAAAGUACUUCUUGGAAACUUCAUUGGGAAAGCUGCCUAAUCAAACUGGAAGUGAUAAAAGUGUCAGUAAGGUGGGUAUUUUUGUAAAUAUUAGGCUCUUCAAAUAAUUCUGUGCCGCCUAAGCCUGGAAAAUAGCUUUGACAGGGGGCGCAGAACUAUUUGAACAAAUUAAUAGUAAAGGAAUAAGAAACAAGUUUUUGAAGAUAAUUAUUUAAAAUUUCAGUCCACUGCUUCAACAACUAUCCAUCAAGCAUCUAGUAAAACCUCAACUGUGCCAACCUUAACGUCAAGUGCGCAAAAAACAACAGGAAAUUCAAUUUACAGCCAUAAUUCCUCUCUCGACUCAAUGCCAAUCCUACAACCUAGUACCGGUACCACUAAGACCACUGGGAACAAAAAUAUACCUCAAACUAUAACCACCAGCACUAAGAGCACCGAACUGGCUGCUGAUGCGAAAAACAGUAAUAAUGGUGCUACUACUGGGACUAAUUCUCCCAAAGUGCCAAAUCUUUCGAGUGCCACGAAGGCAAACCUUCAAAACGUAACCACAACGGCCAAUGUCACUACUUCAUUAAAGUCAACAACAAAAUCAUCGAGUAUGCCAUUUAAUAUGAGUAUAUUGAACAGCCUUGCCAGCACGACCAAUCCCAGCACGCUGGCAGCCGCCAUGAACAGCAUGAUGCAGAAUCCAGGCAAUAACACCAUGGUCUCACUCCAAUUGGCCAAACUCAAAGAACUCAUGGAUAAACAGAAAGCCGAUGAAGCCACACAACAAGUGCAGAAACUAAAACAAGCGCAAGACAAACAAAAAGAAAUGGAGAUGAAAAAGAAAGAAGAAAUCGAAAAGAAACAACAAGCCCUACUGGAAUUCCAAAAGAAAGAAGAAGAACGACGAAAUCAAAUAGCUCAAGAAAAAGCGGCCAAAGAAGCGGAGAAGAAACGAAAGCAAGAAGAAGAGAAACAACGAAAACUGGCCGAAAAACAAGCCGAGGCACAACGAAAAGCGGCCGAAAAACAAGCGGAACAAGAUCGGAAACGUCAAGCCGCCGAAUACGAACGUCAACGCCGUGCCGAGGAGGAACGACAGCGUCAAGAAGAACGACGACGUCAAAUCGAAGCCGCCGAACAGCUGCGGGCCGAAGAGGAACGACGACGAAUCGCCGAAGAGGAACGACGAGCCGAAGCCGAACGUCGACGUGAAGAAAUGGAACAGCGAAAGAUGUUGGCCGAGGAAGAAGCUCGAGCUGUCGAAUCCAUGAAGAGCUUGAUCGAUGAUGACCAACGCAGCACGAACACCGAUGAAAGUGAGUGUGUUGAAGAGGAGAGAAGGAGAAUGUUGGAGGAAGAACGAAGGAAAAAGGUAGAGGUGGAAAGGUUAAAGGCAUUGGAAAAGAGAAAACAGCUUCAGGAAAGGCUUCAGGCCGAGAAUAAAAAGAAAAUGGAAGAUGAGAGAGCUCGAGAAGCUCGUCAGGCCCAACAAAAGGCUAGACAAGCUGAAGAAACGACCAGAACUCAAAAUAUAGGUAUAGAAGCUCAAGAAAAACCUCGGGAAGGUUAUAAAAAAGAUAAGGAAGUUGAAGAAGAAAUGCAAUAUACUGUAGAAGGAAACGAGAGGGCUAUAAAUAACAGAGAUGUUAAUAUAAGUUUUGGAAAUCAUCAACAAGCCCAACUUGGUCAAUCAGGAAACUGGGAUCAAGCUGGAAAACGAAAGACUAGUCAAUCUACUACAAUAUCAGGACAAAACGCUUCAAUAUCCACUCAAAAUUCAUCUUUUUCUGGCCAAAAUCCAACUUGUUUGACCCAAAAUUCAUCUCAUUUUGGCUCCCAACCCUCCUUCCCUGCCCAAAACCAAUCACAACAAGAGACAGAAAGCCCGUCUACUGAUUAUGUCAUUGGAAGUCAAACUCAGGAGUACAUAAACAACUUUAAGCAGAUUAAGCAGGAGUCAUUGGCUGACUUUGGCAUGGAUUUCAACUUGGAUAAUCAAAUGCAAGACUUGUUGGAUCCGGUGCCUGAAAAGAAGCCGAAAAUGAUGACAAAUCCAGGUUAUAGUAGUCAAAACCAAUCUUAUAGUAGUCAGCAGGGUAGUGAAGGAAGUUAUGUUACUCAACCAGGUACCCAAGAAGGCUACAGGAACCAACAAACUAGUCAAGGUGACUACAGUAAUCAACAAACUAGUCAAGGCGGCUACAGUAGUCAACAAAGCGGUCAAGGCGGCUACAAUAACCAGCAGGGUGCUCAGGGAAAUCAAGGUCAAAGUUACAGUAACCAACAAACUUCUGGAGUCAUGUACGGUAAUCAACAAUCUUUCAACUUUAGUAAUCAACCAGUACAGUCUUUUAACUACAGUAACCCGGCUCAAAAUUCGAAUAUUCAAAGCCAAAGCUACAGUAAACAAGCUUACGCUAAUCAGCCAAAUACAUACCGUAGUCCUCAAGGAGUGCAGUAUCAAAUGGGUCAACAGAACACAUCUCCAAUUAUGGUACAAGGUGGUACACCAAAAGGACUAGUACCAAAUCAACAAAGAGUACCAAAUCAGAUGGUACCAAAUCCUCAAAUAUCAUCCUAUUCACCGAAUGCUCAAAAAGUGUACCAAGCUCGUCAGCUGAACUGCAGUAACCCCGAACCUACAUUUAAUACUCCGCAAGUUCCUCAAGGCCCACGAACUGGUGCUUAUGGUACUUCGAAUGUUAACAAGAGUCCAGGAAUGAUACAAAAGAGCCCGAUGAAUCCAGGUAGUACCGGCAGCUCGGGAGUACCAGUAUCACCGUUGAGUACGCAUAGUACUAGUAUGAGAAUGAGCGUGGGACAAAUUGGAAGAGAUGGCAGUAUGAGUGGUACCAUGGGAGGCAAUGGUAGUGGUAUGAGCGGUGCUAUGAAUUCUAUGAGUAGCAAUGUAAAUAUCAUGAGUACUACCGCUAACGUCAUGAGUACCAAUACUAUGAGUACCAAUCCUCGUACUAUGCCAGCACCAUCAAUGACUGAUAACAGAUCAAGACCUCAUAUGAAAAGACAAAACGCAGUUGAUAGUCCAGUUGGAGUGGUACCAAACUCACCCCAAAUCGGCUCAAACCAAAGCUCACCUUUUGCUCAACCCCAACGAAGGCCUUCAUGGUCCAAUAGCUCGUUUGACAGUAAGUUUUUUACGCUUAAAUAUAUCUAAUAUGUUAUAUGUUACUUUGGUGAUAGGCAGAGUUUUGCCUUUUGCGUGCGGUCCGGAUUUUUGAAUUUGUUUUUCCCGCCAAACUCAUAUCUCGAAAACUAUAACACAUAUCAAAAAACUAACAGCAUCUAGAACAAAAAAAAGCGCGGGAAAAAAAAAUUCAAAUUCCGGACUCCUGCAUUGGGUCCGGUCGAGGAAGAACUCUUGUGAUAGGUAGCGUGGGUUUUCAAAAAAUUACGUUUUGAAUUUUCCGCCAAAUUGGCAUUGUAUUUCAAGGUAAUGGAUGGUUAUUUUUAUGUUUAGGUAUAAUUAACAUUUUUAAUUAAUGAAAAGAUUUUAAUUUCUUAUUGUUCAAAUGUAAACUAAUUUUAAUUCCUUAUUGUUCAGAUCAAAACUCUCCGUACCCAAACCAAAUGAUGAUGAACAUGAGCCCAAUGAAUACGAAUUCACCUCAAAAUGUUCAAAUGAUUCGCCAACGCUCAACACCGCAAGUUCAACAGGCUAUUCAGAUGCAAAAUAGCUCUAAUUCUAAUGUGUUACAAGGUCAAAUGGGUGGUACUGGAUAUGGAAAUACUUCAGGGUAUGAUACAAAUAGUAAUGGUGGAUAUGAUGUUACUGGAAGCAAUAAUAUGGGCAGCGUCGGCAGCAACAACAUGGGUGGUACUAGUAUUGGCAACAACACCCUGAGCACUAUUAGGACAGGCAACAGCAUCAUGGGUAUUAAUAAUCCUGGAAACAGCAGUAUGGCCACUACUAAUUUAAGUACAAGUAAUCGAACUCUGGCCAAUAUCCAAGAUGGUACACCUUAUAGUCAAGCAAGAUCAAAUUAUAGUACGACUGGGAAUUCUGCAAUGGUACAAGGCCGAAAUGUGUCCCAAAACAUUAACUUAACUCAAAAGUCGGCCCAAAACCUUAUACAAGGACAGAAUCAGAUGAUUGGUAAUGCCAAUAACAUGAUGAAUAAUCAAAUAACACACUCUGCAUCAAGUUAUGCCUACAACAACUCAAACUUCAAUCAAAAUAGCCAGAGUAACGCCAAUUUUAACCAAAGUCUAAAUCACAACGGUGCCAUUUCGGCUGCUCUUCAAAGGCCAACAAAUCCAGGCCAAAUGCGACAAUUUGUUUCAAAUCCAAUGCAACACACUCAGAUGGGCCGAAAUACGAUGCAACAGCAAAAUGUGACGAAUCAAAACAAAACUAACACAUCAUAUUCAGCUGGAAUGAAUAUGCAACAAGGAAAUGGUGCUAACAAUGGUAAGCCUUUUGACUCUUUGUGCUGAUCUCCUUUUCCUAUACUAACUUAGCAUAUCUGACUCUAGCUUACCUCGCCCUAUCUUAACAUUUUUUACUCUACUCUGGUUUAACAUGAUAAAAUGACUUUUUUCAGCGAUUUCACCUCAAUUCCAAACCAAUGUGUCUUCAAACAAUUCGAAUUGGCCUCAGGGAUCGAACAACUUUUAUCAGAAUUACUACGGUUAA